AUGGAUUAUAUCGACUUAUAUCUGAUACAUUGGCCAGUGAGUUCUAAGCCAGGAAUUCAUGAGUAUCCCAUUAAAAAAGAAGACUUUCUUCCCAUGGAUUUCAAGUCAGUUUGGGCAGCAAUGGAAGAGUGCCAGAAACUUAGACUCACCAAGUCCAUUGGAGUUCGCAACUUUUCUUGCAAGAAGCUUGCUGAUGUUCUUGCUACUGUCAAUAUUCCGCCUGCUGUCAAUCAAAAGUGGGUCCAUGUUGGCAGCAAAAGAAGCAAUGGAGUUGUUGUUGGAUACAGUCCUUUAGGAUCCAUUGGUACCUUUUAUGGAACCAACAGAGUUAUGGAAUCUCAAGUGCUCAACCAAAGGCAAGACUGUCGUGCAGGUAUUCUAAGAUGA